AUUGUUAUAGGUCGAUCUGUCGACGUGAAUAACAUCUGUGAACACUGCACGGAUUCAGGAUUGUAUGUUUGUGUUUUGAAGUGGUGUAAGGGUUUGUUGACUUGUUGUCUUGCCGAGAAAAACGCGUGCGGAAAGUUGUGUAUGACCUACAUAAAUAAAACAAAUUUACCGGCAUGUUUGGUGUAAUAGUUUCUGGAAGACUGGUGCAAACAGAUUUUCAACAGUGUGACCAAACAAAAUUUGCAACAACUAUUACAGAUGCAGAUUCAAUCAAUCAUGUUGUGGUUUUUCUAACAGGAGUCCAAUCCUUUCCACCAGGAACUGGUGGUUUAGUCUAUUUCAGCUGGCCAGAACCAAAUGCACCUCCUACAUGGCACUUACUCGGCUAUAUAGCAAAUGAGAAACCUUCUGCUAUUUUCAAGAUAUCUGGAUUGAAGAAAACUGUUCCCCAUAGUGAACUGACACCAUUUGCGUUUGGACAGCAAAUGAUGUCACACAGUGCACAAAUUGGAAUAUCUGUGGAACCUCUUUCAAAUGUUCAUCAGCAGGCGGCUCUCAUCACUAAUCAGGCAGCAUCGUCCUUUUUGGAAUUUGGUCAGAAAAUGAUCCAGAACUUCAUAAACUUCACAUCUAGUUUUGCUGUAACAGCCCAGCAGAUUAACCCUGUGUUAAAUGAGACAUAUGUGCCUUUAUCUACUUUGCAAACUUGGUAUACCAACUUCGAACGCCGAUUGCAACAGAAUCCAUAUUUUUGGAGAUGAAGUGACAUGUCUUUAGGCUUGGCUACAUUGUUUGACCUUAGAUGUAAUUUGUAUGCCACAAAAUUUGAAACAUAAAUUUAAUUUCAGGAUAAAAUGGAGGUGACAGAAUUGGUACUAUAUUAAUUCCUUCAAAUGUCACCUUUUCUGUAGUAUGAAAUUUAAAUAACAAUAAAUUGAAAUAUUUAAGUGUGUGUUUUAUAAAAUUGGAUUGUUGGAAGGUACUUUAAUGUGGGCAAUAUACUGUGUUGUAGUUUCUGACAUUAUUGAAUAAAUAGUGUGUUACUAUUUAUUCAUAUAUUUUUUUUGCACUAUCAGAGAGAAGUGCAGAGAGCAGAAGGUAUUAGUCAUGCCCAGCACAAAAAAAAUAUUGUAGUGAAAGGACCAAGAAAGAGGCGGCUUCUCUACAUCAUGCUGGUAACUGAACCUAAGAAACUGCACCUUUGUUUACCCCCUUCAUUGAGAACAACUAUGGAUUUACAGCCAGCCUGCAAAGGCAACAAACAGUCAUAUAGUCCAUGUACACUGCAACUUGAGACUGCUCAAACACAGUUCUAAGAAGCAGCCACCAACUGUCAACAGUACAACGGCUAGCAAAACCCGAAGCAUGUACAGCGCAUGCCCAAAGAUUCAAACUUUUGCCAACUACAACUUACGGAGCCAAGAGCUAAAUAUAAAGUGAACAAAUUGUAUGUGAUAUUAUCAUUUUAACAUAAUUUAAAUAAUAGUUUACUUUUUAUUGUGCAUUUUAUCCAUAAUUCUGAAAGAAUGUUUUUUUUUUGUCAGUUGAUGUACUUAUUUUAACGAUAGUAGUUUGAGAAUGUGCAAUGUAUACAAUUCAUUAUUUUUUGUGUGUACAUAUUUUGUUUCUAUUUGAUUGUUGAUUGUUGAUUGUUGUCUUUGAUUAUGAGAGUCCAUGUUGAAUGUUGUGCUAACAACAGUUUCAAGAGCCGAUAAUUUGACAUGUACAAAUUAUUUUUUGAUGUGAUAUUAUACUCUCCAGUUGCUAACACAGGCUCUCGGACUAGUCCUAGCAAAAUAAACUGUGACUGGUAAAUUUCAUAUUUCUGAUUAGCUUAGUGAUAAGGUUGAUUCACACUGGCUGUCGUACAAUGUCACAUCAAAAGUUUCCAUAAUUUUUUUUUUGCAAAUUUUAGCAAUUGCAUCAACCGUUGAUGGAACUUCAAUGUAAAAGCAAAGGUUGUCUAGUGUUUUGACUGUUAACGGAAUGAUGGCAUAUCAUGACUGCAUGAUCUAGUACAGUCCCAGUAUUUUGUAUAUUAACCUGUUAUCAUCGUGCUUAUUUAUGUUACUGACUUUUGUCCUUUAUAAUCUUUAUUUUAUUGCUCACAAAGCAAAAAUUUGUAUAUUAGUGAGAACUUCUCCAUCAGUACACAGCUCUCAUUACCAUUUAGUCAGUGUUGUCCUUCUUGGAAUUUCCAUAAUCCUGAGGCUAAAUCUUGAUGUUCUGUAAGACAGAUGGUUUCACAACACAACUGAUGUGACUUUUAACAUUCCAUCUUGUGUGAGCCAGUUGCCACUUACAGGAGUAGUAGUGUUCCAUGAUGUGACAUUCCAUUGAUAUCCAGUGUGAAUUACUGAUUGCUCUAUUCUCAGUCUUUAUGUUCCCCAUGAAUUAAUUUUAUAUGAGUUCAUAACUACAGUAAAAUUCUAAUUUACAUACAUUUGUUCUCUGUAAACUUGUGGUCGACAAAUGACUGUACUUUGAUAAUAGAGCUCUUCCACCCCCACCUCCCCCCCCCCCCUUUCCCCCAAGAAGCAGAAAAUCACAAAUGUUCAAUCAGUUUUCUGUUGUGUGGAAAUUAAUACCUCAGUUUUGUUUGAAUUACUGUGAGAAUGUAAGUUAUAAGCUCUGAGUUUCCAUUAUUGUUAUUUCACAGCUUAUUGUAUCCAUAGUGUUUGUCUGGAUAUUAUUAUUUUUGUAUUCAGUGAAGAAAGUUAAAUUUAUUUUUGUGCUUCCCCCCCCCCCCCCCUCCCCCCCCCCCUUUGUAAUGCUGGUGUACUUGCAGAAUACAAGUUUGCAUGUUUUAAAUAUUGCUGUAUAAACAGACAGUUUGGGAACUUUUAACUAUAUUUAAGGUGAAAAUUUGACAGACUUAUGUUGGUGUGAACUAAAAUGUUUCUAAGAAAAGUCAGAAGUACUCAAAAGCAUGAAUAACAAUACAGUAUAACCAGAAACAAAGAUAAUCAUUACAAAGGAAAUAUAUGUAGCCACAUACCAGAGCUGCAAUCUAUCUUUAGCCUACCUUUCUGUGGAGGGACAGGUGGCCAUAUCUUCACUUAUUCUCAUUGCACAAGAAUUGAAGUUUAAUAACAGUGAUUGCAGCAAGUCCUCGUUAUAUGUAACAUUUCUGAAAUCUGUUAUUUAAUUAUGGGAGUGUAGGCCAUAUUUCUAUAUAUGGUCUGUGAUACAUGUUUAUAAAAAGUGAGUCACAGUUAUAGAAUCGCAUGGCACAUCAAUCUUUAUUGAUCCAAUGAACAGUGGCAUUUGUUCUUGCUUCGUGUGUGAAAGCUUUCUUGACAUGUAUGUGGUGUUAAAAUAAUAGUAGAUUGGUGGUAAGAGGUAAUUCAUUUUAAAUACUUUCUACAUAAUAUUCUUAGAGAAAUAUUUUUUAAAUGUUUAAAGAUAAUCUUUUCUGGAUAGUAACUGGCCUUCAUAAUUUUUCUGAGAUAUAGAAAGUAGAUUUAGUCCAAAGCUUAUUAAACAACAUAAAAACACUUACUUUAAAAAAAUUGAAAUAUCAUAUUUUGAAGAGAUUUGCACAGCUAUAGUAGCAGAAGGCAAAUUUUAUGGACAGUGACCUAAUCCCAGCUCCUUAUACUACCCUUUUUUUUUUAAUUUGCAGUCAUUAAGUAGUGAGUAAAUAAAGUGAGUGUAAUUGGUGAGUAAGUUGUAAACCAGCUGUUGCAUUGUCAUAAAUUAUAUGCCUGAGGGUGGGGUGUCUAUGUUGAGGACAGGGGGAAGGGGGGGGGGGGGGGAGAGGACGUGUGCGCAUGUAUGGGGGGAAUAAAGAGAGAUUUUGUGCAUUGUGUUAGCGGGUGGUCAUGAAAAAGUAGGCAGCCAUUAUUGUUUUCACAAUAAUAGUUUUUCUGAAACUUUGUAAUGUAAACACAUAUGAGAAGAGGUGGUGCAGGGCAUUUCAGUUCAGUUUGGCCCCAACUUUGGGCCCAUCUGUAAUUAAUGAAGGAAGAGAAUCUCACAUGCUACAUUGAAGUAGAUUAAACUUUUCAGGUUCUAACCUAGACUACCUGAAAUAUUAUUCCUUUAUUUAAAUUGUAAUUUGAAGAUUAUCUUGAAAAGUCACUAACCUCAGGAGAGAAUAUAAAUUCCUGUUGAUAUAUUCCAUUACAGAUAACUGCUAAGUGGCACAAAUUUGGUUGACGUAUAAAAGUAAUUUGCCCAGACAUUUUAUACAUUUCUGGAAAAUGCUUCUGUUAUUUUGUACUUUUCUUCUAUUGUCAAAUCUUUAUUAUGUUUGCUUUGUGUCUCCUUUCAUAGUAUUUAUGGUAUUCAGAUAAUUCCAGAGACAGAAAUACGCUUAUACCAACCCAGCAAUUCUGGCUCACAUGUUCAUUGUACACUACAUGGGAAGCAAAGAAUCAGUCAUGUACAGUAGAAUGGUCUGAUAGUAGACUAAACUAUAUAUACAAAAUAAUUGAAGGAUGGAAGGAAAUACACAGAGUUUAGGUAUGCAAGAGAUGUAAACGUUCAGUAUGUGGUAAAGCAACGCUUGAUGACAAAGAGUAUUUCUGUGGUGUGUUAAUCUUUAGUUCAGUGGGUUCCGUUACAGAAUUGUUAAAUGGUGGUAGACAGUACACUGACAGUAUACUGAAAUAAAGUUCCAGUCAGUACCAUUUUACAGAGAGUAUGUUUCUGUAUGGUCAGUGAUUGCAACUUUAUUUAUUUACUAAGAUACUUUGGUAACUGUAGUUUUCUUGAAUAUUUCUAUGCCUCCUUAUAUUGAUUGUAUCUGAGAGCCCUCAAGUACAGUUGCAAACAUGUAUUGUGAUUUACAGUGCAAUUUUUCAAAAAACAGUCAAGGGAAGUGCUAAAUAUGAAGGAGGGAUAGGGACAGUCUAUGUAUUGAGCAACAGCAGUAGUUCCUUAUUUACAACAGUAUUUUGUCUAUUUACAUAAUAUCUGUUCCCUGUAUAGUUCCUGUGUUAUACAUAUCAAUGCAAGUGAUUUGUUUUGAAAGAAUUAGUGUGCUGCUGAGAAAUUGUGCUUUUAAGCAGUAUAGAUUGAAAAAAGAUAAUAACCAAAGUGGAAUUCGAGUUUCCCAAUUUGCAAACAUUUAUGGAAUUGAAAUAGAAACAUCAGUGGCUCUCUGGUCUUGGAAGCAUAUGGGAUGCCAUUCUACAUUCACCAUCAUUCAGCAACAGUGUAUGAUCUUCCAGACCCUCCAGUCUAUUACUAUGAUUUGUGGUUUGCAGUUUAUAAAUAAUUCAGCAGACACAGAAAGACUUUUAAUUUGACUAGUUACAUAUCAGCAUGGUAAAUGUAUUGGUUUUUAGACUCUUGCAUGUAUACUGUCUCUUCACAGUGGAUAAUUGUUUGUUUCUGUGUGUAGCACUAAAAUAGUGUAUUUUGUAACUUUGCCAUGUCUUAUAUUUUAUUAAAAAAUAUGGCAAUGCAUCAUGUACUGUGGAUCUCACUUUGUGUACUACUGUUCACUGACGUUUCAGGGAUCAUACUAAUCAUGUAACAUUUUGUGAGCAACUAAUUAUGCAAGCUGAUAAUGGAAAGUUGUAGAAGAAUGUAAAUAAUUUAGGAGCAAAGGUAACAACUCACCAAAUAGUAGUCAUUGAGUUAUCAACAAGCACAUAAACAAGACUCAAAACUUUGCAUGACAAAUCUGUUUCAGGCUGAGUGUGAACGAACAACUCUCUCUCUCUCUCUCUCUCUCUCUCUCUCUCUCUCUCUCUCUCUCACACACACACACACACACACACACACACACAAGGAUUCGUCUAACAAAGUUUUCAAUUUUGUUUAUGUGCCUGUUGACAACAAGUAAUGUUAACGUUCAAAACUUUGUUUUGCCAAUAAGAUUUAAUUUCUUGUCAUUAGGUGUCAAAAAGACUGAAAAUAUUGUGUUGCUAUAGUGUGCCCAAUAUAAUUUCACCUCCAUUGUAAUACUCAUUUUAAAUUAAUAAAAGUAAUUGAAAUGUGCUUGUAAUUGUUUCAUUGCACAAAAAUGUAUGUGGCAGUGUCAUAGAUGCAGUUGUGUAUUAGAAAUUGCAUAGACAUAAAUAAUCUUCCUUUAUCAUCAUUAUUGAGGCAAGUUGUUAUAAUUGGAAAAUAUUACAACUAUGUCAUCAUGGAAUUUUUUU